GCACUAGCACAGUCUACAUUACAAGGAGGCAGCUGGUGAAUAGGAUCAUAGUGGGAGCGAGAGAGAAAGGGAGAGAGUCACACCGCUAACACCGGACUAAAACAAAAGAAAGUACGUGAUGGAAUAAAGCAGGACCGUACAGAGUCGCACGGCUUCUCACUGUCAUCUGACACCGGCUGAAGGACUUUGUUUUGGCUGAUUUCGCGCUUUGGUGACAGCUAGACAACAAUUCAAAAUGCGCCUGGCAGUUUGAACUGUGAUGGGAGAGACUCUGCCGUUGUAACGUUGGAUAUUGAUCACCCUGUUUAUCUCGUGGCUGUCUGUGUAGAUUUCCUCACAUUUAAACGUCAUAUGCUGUGUUGAAGUGUUUUGCGAGUAUAUACGCUUUAAAAGAGCGGCUGAAGCCAAUCCGUGUCAGCUAGCUGGCUAGCGGCUGUUAACUUAGCAUUGACAUUAGCCUGCUCCUCAUGGUGGACAUUUAAACACAUCUCAAGUGGAAUUAUCUUGGCAGUUACUGGAAAGUGUUGGUUAUAUGUGGAAAUUACUCGUGUGGAUUAAAGUUCCUUGUGAAAAAGAGCUGUUAAACACGGCGGUUCUCUUAGGCUGUAUUUAUACCUCUGACAGAGACUAUCCUCUCGACAUGAAUCACCACGACCGAUCCGGGGACUCCGCUAGUGCCCGAAAAAUGGUUUACCCGGCGAGACGGGAGAGCAGCGGCAGCAGCACGGGGGGUGGUUCCUCCUCAUUGACAAUUUCGGGUAGCACUAGCCUUAACAGCAACAACUUGAUGUUGGGGGAUGAUUACUCACCACCUGUGCUGAUUCAGUCUCAAACACCGGCCACAUCCUCACUUGGGCCUCAGAACCCUCCUCAAAGCCUGAGUAUUCCUUUACAGUCAACCCUGUUACCCCCAACCCUGCCCACAGCAGUGGCACAGAUGAAGAAGAAAAGUGGCUUUCAGAUCACCAGCGUUACCCCGGCUCAGACAUCUGUCAGCACUAACAACAGCAUUACAGAAGACACAGAGAGUUGUGAUGACCUGGAUGAGUCCCACACUGAGGAUCUGUCCUCCUCUGAGAUCCUGGAUGUGUCCCUAUCACAGGCUAACAAUGCUGGAGGACCGGAUAGGAGCUACUCGGAGGAAACACUCAAUAACUUCCAUGAGGCGGAUACCCCAGGGGCCGUGUCACCCAACCAACCACCCAUCCUCACCCAAGGACAUUCACAUGGCACUAUGGUUAAUGGAACCAUACACCAACACCACCACCACAAUCAUGGGCAACAUCCCACUCCCUCCAGUAAAGCCCUUCCUGCUGUGGUGGGUGCUAGUGGAACACAGAUUGGAAAAUCAUUGGGUGCUGCAGUGAUAUCUGCUGUGACCUCAGGUUCUGGAGCUUUAGCCAGCACUGGCCAGAAAAUGCCUUCAAAUGUGGUGGGAAUUAUUGAAAAUGCCUCUGCAGGCACAACCAGUGUCAACUGUCAGCCUUUGGCUACUGUUGCCUCAGGAACUGGAAUGAUCUCUAUGGCUUCAGGUGCCAGUAUUAGUACUGGAAAUCCUGUAACAAGUAAUGUUUGUAUGUUAAAUUCCACCAGCGUGCCUGCUUUGUGUGGCAUCAGCACCAGUAGUAGCAGUGGAAAUUACUCCCCUGGUUUGAAUAGUGUUAGUAACCCAAAUGUAAACUUGACACAGAUUCAGAGUGGAAUAAUUGGCGUGGGCUUCACCAUGGCCACCUCUGGUACCACUUCAACAGGUGCAGGGCAAGUGGGGCCAGCUGUCAUUGGUCAGCAUGCCGUGUCUGCCCCCUCUGUCCCUGUGGUGAAUGCCCAGCCUCAACAGGCCCAAGUGCCUACUCCUGCCUCCACCAGCUCACGUUUCAGGGUGGUAAAAUUGGACUCUACCUCUGAGCCUUUUAAGAAAGGUAGAUGGACGUGCGCCGAGUAUUACGACAAGGAGGCCCCUGAGAACACCCCCAGCACCCGAACAGUGGAAAGCAUCCGCCAGUUUUUGCCUGAGAAUGUGGUGUGCCUGGAGAGAGACUGUGUAAGUGGGAGCUCUGUCAGCAGCUCAGCCAGCCAUUACACUGAGAGCCUGGGCAGUGGUGAGAAGGGUGGCCCCUCAGCUGUGCAGCAGCAGACCUUCCAGCAGCCCCCCAUGUCCCAGAUGCAACCCCAGGAUGUAGUGCAUUCACAUCUUAAGACUAAUGCUGUUGCCCCAAUGCCAGCAGGCAUUCAACAGCAGGCAGGCUUGCAGACCACUAUUGGUCUCUCGUCUACUGCUGUGCCCCCUCAUAUGCCCAAGCUGACAUAUGCUCAGGCAGCGCAAUCAUCAUCUGCUCAAGCCCUGCCUGUGGUCACCCAGCAGCAGAUGGGCUACCCGCCUGCACUGCAGCCAGCUGCACCAGUCCAGGUAGCACCAGUUGGCAGCCUGCCACCUGACUUCCCUCAAUCCAAGCAGAUCAUCAAAGCUGUGGCACCUGCACCAUCACAAACUUUGCCCCACCUGGCUACAUCCAUCCCACCUGUAACAGUGUCAGGAAACGGUCAGCUGAUAGCCACUUCACAGCAACCUGUGGGCACUGUGCAAACCCCUGCUCCUGCUCAGCCACUUCCUCAAGGACUUCUGCAGUCGCAACAGACACCUGCCCCCCAGAUGGUCCAGGUGCCCAUUGGCAGUGUUAUGCCACAGCUGGUGCAGUCCACCGGGACCGGUCUCAUCCAGGGGCAGCAGCUCACCUCUCACCCCUCCAUGGAACAGCAAUCACAGCUCAGCGGUCAAGGCUGUGGCCCCCAGUUUGUUCCAGCUGUGACUUCCAGCCUGCCCACAUCAAGCGUGCCUCAUAACAUUCAGAGUGAUCCCCAGUCCAGUUUGAUGCAGAAUGGCUCAAAAGAGGCAGGGCCGAGGCCCACUGUGAUGCCUACAUUGCUUGAGGAUGCCCAGCUUCUUCUGUUACAGCACCAGGCCCUGCUCAUGCAACCCAAGCCAGCCAGCAGUGAAUGUGCCUCCCAGACCGGCACCUUGCGUGGUCAAGAGGGAAGCAGUGGAGUCAGUGCCUUAACUGCCUCGGCCAGCCUGCUGAAGAACUUGCCAGUAGAUGGAGAGGAAGAUGGCUCAUCGGGUGCCAGUGUUGUGGCUAUAGACAACAAGAUUGAACAAGCCAUGGAUCUGGUGAAGAGUCACUUGAUGUAUGCUGUUCGGGAGGAAGUGGAGGUUUUGAAAGAACAGAUUAAAGAACUGAUUGAGAGAAAUUCUCAGCUUGAACAGGAAAAUAAUCUGCUGAAGAACCUGGCCAGUCCGGAGCAACUUGCACAGUUCCAGGCACAAGUUCAAAGCGGCUCGCCGCCUUCGUCCACACAAGGAGUGCAGCCGCCUGCACCGCCAGCCCAACUGGCAGCACAAAUCUCUGGACCAUCGGCAUAGCACAGAAUGAAUGUUCGAGGAAAAGGACAUAUGCCUCACUCACAUGUAGACUGACAAAAUUUGCACACCUUUCAAAACUUGACACACCAAUGACAAUCCAGUUGGCUGUUGACCGAUAUUGGACGUUGCCAAAAAUCCUUGGACUGUGAUUGUCAGGGGGAAGAGAGUAAUCCGAGAGGACACAACAUAAUGAAUCACUGUGCCUGUGUCGAAAGUAAUGUUGGUGUUUUCCAUGUCUCCCUUAUGCAGACUGCAGUCUUUUUAGACUGUGAGCUUCUUAUAAUAAAGCAAGCACUUUUACGGUGACGAAUGUGAUGAGACUUUGAACAUCUGCCUCUCUGUGCCCCAUCUGGCAUAGGAAGGUAGAUGCAAUGAUGACUUAAUAGCUGCAUUGGUGUAAUCAUGAUACUUUUUUGAAUGAAGGAAAAGGAGGAGGUAUGAUUCUUAAAAUCCUCAUUUAUUCAAGGCUCUUUAUCUGUGCAAGAAUGACGGAUGAGAAUUGAGCUGGAUAGCGAGGUGGGCAGGCUGAUGUAUAUUAUUGUAUGAUUAGUGUAAGUAUUUUGUAAAAUAGCGAUAUUAUGCAAAGCGGUUACAGAGACACUAUAUAGGUUGUACAGAUUUAAAGGGUAGAAGAGGUAGUUGUUGGCUUGCCUGGAGACAUCUUUUUUUUUAAAUGCCAUUAAACUGGUUCAGUCUUGCUCUGUUUAUCUGAUAAAUGGAAACUACUCAUCUAACACUUAUUUUACACUACUGUUCUCUUGAAAUGAUUUGAAGUAUUACGCCCAUGUGAUUUCUGUUUUCAGUUUUGACAGUGAAGUAUUCUGGAUCAAUCCUUUAACUUACAAUUACUCUUGACUAUCAUAUGCAAUAGCUGACAUGGAUUUUGCAUUGUGUACAAGUUGUAUGCUUCUGUUCUGUGCAUGUUGUCAAACCAGGAUAUAAGUUGUAAAAUAUUGUAAUUGCACUUGCCAGUUGCACUUCACAACUCUCAAUAAAGUCAUGUUUGUGAA